AUGAGGCUCAACAACUUGGCAAUCCUCUGGGCCGUCGGUCUUGUCCGAGCAGAUAUCCAAGGGUCCCCGAAAUCUGCCGUUGCUUUUGACCCUCAGUCAAAUGACCCAAGCUCAUUCAGCCAGUCCCCUCCUCUUGGACAACGUAUUAAGCGUCGGAAAUGGGAAGUUGAGUGCGACAGUAGCACCGGUGAUCACCCAUGCGACAAUAUUAUCGAUGAAGACGUCAAUGAUUACUGGCUGUCCCAAGACAGUACUGAGCAUCAAGUUGUUGUCGACCUGGGCGAAACUCGCAGCGUGAACGCCAUUGAGAUCCGCCCGGCCGGUGAGGAUGGAUGGAUCCAGGAGCACAAGGUGUAUGUGUCCAUGGACAAGAAUAACUGGGGUCCUCCAGUUGCCUUUGGCACAUGGAACGCGGACAACAGCAUCAAAUACUCCAUUUUCAACCCCAAGGAGGCCCAGUUCGUACGUCUAGUCAGCGAAAGCCCCAAGGCGAGCAUUUCUGACUUGAACAUCUGGGAAUACACAGUGCAAACCGAUGAUGACUUUGUUGGUGGUGCCUGGGGACCAACAAUUGAUCUGCCUGUGAUUGCGGUGGCCGGUACGGUCAUCCCCCAAACGGGCGAAGUCAUGGUGUGGUCAGCCUAUACCACUGAGGACUACAAUAACUCUCCCAGUGGAUAUACCUUGAUGUCAAUCUGGGAUCCCGCAAGCAAUACCGUGACAAAGCGUAAUGUUAGCGAAACACACCAUGACAUGUUCUGCCCUGGGACCUCGUGGGACGGUAGCGGCAAACUGGUCGUGUCUGGUGGCUCUGAUGCUGCUCGCACCAGUCUCCUCGACCCGUCUGAUAAAACCUGGAUCUACGGCCCAGCGCUGAACAGACCUCGGGGAUACCAUGCUUCUGCAGCCCUGGGAAGUGGCGAUGUGUUCCUGGUCGGAGGUGCUUGGAAUGGAGGAACGACUGCCAAGGCGGGCGAGGUGUACAGUCCUAAAACCGAAAAGUGGACGAAUCGCCCCGGAUGCAAGGUGCAGCCCAUGUUAACCAACGAUAAACAGGGUAUUUACCGUGCGGACAGCCAUGGUUGGUUGUUUAGUUGGAAGAAUGACACUGUCUUCCAGGCCGGCCCCAGCAAGGCGAUGAACUGGUAUCACACCCAAGGCGAUGGAGACGUGACUCCUGCCGGCUCUCGCUCUACGUCCGACGACGCUAUGUCCGGUAAUGCUGUCAUGUACGAUGCUGUCGCGGGCAAGAUCAUCACCUUCGGUGGCUCUCCUAGCUAUGAGAACACUGAUGGCACCCAGGAAGCCUUCCGUAUCGAGAUCGAUGAUGUUGAUGUUAAUCCCAUCGUCACCUCAGCAACGAACGAGAAUGGCCAAUCCGGUAUGAACUUCCCUCGUGUCUUCCACACCUCGGUGCUUCUCCCAGACGGCACCGUCUUUGUGACCGGUGGACAAGCCCAUGGUAUACCUUUUAAUGAGGACACCGCGCAGCUUACCCCGGAGCUGUACCUCCCCCGCACCAACUCGUUUGAAACCGACACUCCCAACAGUGUCAUCCGUGUCUAUCACAGUAUUUCACUGCUGCUGACUGACGGGAGAGUCUUCAACGGUGGCGGUGGGCUCUGCGGCAACUGCUCAGCGAACCACCUAGAUGCCCAGAUCUAUACGCCCAGAUAUCUCUUCGAUGAGAAUGGUAACCUUGCCACUCGGCCUGAGAUUACCAACGUAUCUGGAACAGAGGUUAGAGCUGGCGACAAAUUCACUUUCAAAACCUCGGGCCCUAUCAAUACUGCUUCCCUGGUGCGGUAUGGCUCAACAACCCACACCGUCAACACUGACCAGCGCCGUAUCUCACUUGAUGCGAUCAAGAGUCUCAGUGGCAACGUGUACGAAGUCACUCUUCCGAGCGAUCCGAGCAUUCUCGUACCAGGCUGGUGGAUGCUGUUUAUCAUGAAUGACAAUGGUGUACCCAGUGUCUCGAAGACCAUCAUGGUCCCCUCUGCCUGA